AUGGAAUCCUUGCCAUUCAACUUUCGCAACUUUCUCGAGUUCGUCACAAAACUGGGUAGUGUGAUAAAGGUUCUGGCUGCAUUUCCAAGGCUGAUCAACGUCGAUAUGGAUCAAGGAAGUGAAGUGGAGGAGCAAUGGGCUUUGGUUCUAUUGAAAUCAUCAACCAAAGGAAGUCAGGAUGAAUGCAGUGGUCGUUUGAAGGCCAUUGUGGCAUGUUUGGGAUUCGAUCUUGAUGACCCAUUUGGGAUCCCUCUAAUCAUGUUAUGGCUUGUCGAAUCAUACCAGCUUUAA